GCUGCCGGGGACAAAGACGGGGGGAGCGGCUGUCAAUCACCCCGGCGCGGCUUUUGCGGUCCGGCGGGAAACGCUCCCCCGCAUCCGAGCGUUCCGCUAAGGGGUCCGGCGGGAAACGCGCUCCCCCGCGUCCGACCGUUCCGGUACCUGAACGCUCGGACGCGGGGGGGCGCGUUUCCCGCCGGACCCCGUCGCCGGGCGGAAGUACCGGCGGAAGCGGAGGAAGGAGGAGGAGGCGGCGGCGGCGGCGAUGGCUCUGCCCGGUGCCCCCGCCCCGGCCCCGGCCGCGGCUCCGGCGCCGCCGCCGCCGCCCACCGUGCUGAUGGCGGUACGGGCGGGGCUGGCGGGGCCCUGCCUCCUCCCACCGUUACCGGCCGCCGCCGCCCUCCGCCUGCAGCUCAGCGUCCAAGCGGCGGACGGCGGGCAGAGGCGAUUCCGCCUCGGCCUGCGGCACACGGAGGCGGACGGCGGCACGACCGUCGCCGAGUACGACCUGAAGGACGUCGCCUACAAAGUGAGGAGCCCCGCGUGCCACGAGCUGACGGUCCUCGGCUCCCCGGCCGAGCCCAUGGUCUUCACCUUCGAGGAGGAGCGGGAGGCGCAGAAGUGGUGGACGAUCGUCAGCAGCUCCCUGCGGGAGGCGCAGAAAGCCCUGGACACCACGCUGGCGUCCCAGGCCUCAUCCCUGCCCGCGGCUGCCGGGGGCGUCUCUGCCGAUCAGGAUCCGGAGGAAGCUCUGGUCUUGGAGCUUGCCGAGAAAGAGGACCUGGCCCUCCAGCUCGCCCAGGCCAUCGAGUACGGGGACGAGGAGGCGGCCGCCCGGUGCGCCGUGGCCCUGGCUCGCCAACAAGCCACCCUCAGCAUCCUCUUCAAGGAGUCCAACUACCCCUCGGAGGAGAUCAGCAUGAAGGUGGUGGUGGAGGACGCGACGUCUUCUGCCAGCAUCACCAUCAGGGUCCGCGCUCACACUACGAUAGCCACGCUCAAGCAGCAGGUCUUCCAGGAUUACGGCUUCCACCCCUUGGUUCAGCGCUGGAUCAUCGGGCAGUGCCUGUGCGUGGACGAACGGACCGUGUCCUCCUACGGCAUCCGCGGGGACGGCGACACCGCCUUCCUCUACCUCCUCUCGGCGAAGAUGGCCGACCUCACCGAGCAGCGCUACGAGGAGGACCAGGCCCAGGUCAUGCUCAGAUCCACCUCCUCGCCCGCCCGCGCCGCCGCCGACGGCCGCAAAUACAACACCCUGCCCAACAUGUCUCCAAAAAAAGGCUGGGGGGAUGAGACGGGCAGGAAGAUGGACGUCGCCGAGAUCAGCCAGCACUUGGACGCGCUGCAGCUCGGCGACCUCUUCGGUGCCCAACCAAAGCCCGCUGCCGCCAGCCUGCCCUCCCCGGUGCCGACGGGUUGGUCGUGCCCGAAAUGCACCUUCAUCAACAAGCCCACGCGGCCGGGCUGCGAGAUGUGCAGCACGGACCGUCCCGAGGACUACGUGGUCCCCGGCGGCUACAAACCGGACGAGACGGAGCUGUGGAGGAUGCAGCAGGAGCAGGAGGGCAUCCUGCAGUACCAGCAGGCGCUGGAGGCCGAGCGGCUGAAGAACUUCCAGCAGCUGCUGGAGCUGGAGGAGGAGGUGCUGGUGCCCAACCGGGAGGCGCUGGAGUGUCGCAUCUGCUACCAGCGGGCCCCGGGCGAGGGGGUGCUGCUGCGCGAGUGUCUGCACAACUUCUGCAGGGACUGCCUGCGCCAGGUCAUCAACUACAGCGAGGAGCCGGCGGUGGCCUGUCCCUUCCGCGACGACUCCUACGCCUGCGGCAGCCACCUGCAGGAGCGGGAGAUCCGGGCGCUGGUGUCUCCGGAGGAAUACCGGCGGUUCCUGGAGCGGAGCCUGGUGCUGGCCGAGCGGCGCAGCCGCGACAGCUUCCACUGCAAGACCCCCGACUGCCGGGGCUGGUGCAUCUACGAGGACUCCGUCAACGAGUUCCGCUGCCCCAUCUGCCGGGCCCUCAACUGCCUCCUCUGCAAGGCCAUCCACGAGGGCAGGAAUUGCCGCCAGUACCAGGACGAGCUGCGGCUGCAGGCGCAGAACGACGCGGCGGCGCGGCAGACCACCGACAUGCUGCAGACGCUGGUGCAGCUGGGGGAGGCCAUGCACUGCCCCACGUGCCGCAUCGUGGUGCAGAAGAAGGACGGCUGCGACUGGAUCCGCUGCACCGUCUGCCAGACCGAGAUCUGCUGGGUGACCAAGGGGCCGCGCUGGGGACCCCGGGGUCCCGGGGACACCAGUGGCGGGUGUCGCUGCAACGUCAACGGACAGAGGUGCCACCCCCGGUGCCAGAAUUGCCACUGAGACCCCCCCCCCCCUCACCACCCCCACCACCACACCCCCCCCCAACACCGGGGGACAGGGACGCAGCGGGGACAGCGGGCCGCUCACCCCACGCCGGGGGUCGGAGACGGCACCGGGGGGACGCUUGCGGUGGCCGGAGAGACGACCCCCCCCCACCACCACCACCAACAGCCAGGACAGGACGGACACUGCGGGGGGGGGCACACGGGGGCCAGCCCCCCCCCCCCCCCAGGCAGUGCCAGGACGGGUUGGGGGGGUCCCUGGGAGCCUGUGCCGGCAGCGGAGCCCCCCCCCGGCAGGGAGCGGCGCGGGGGUGUCCC